AUGAGUGGCACAGGCAGAGCAAACGAGGACCUUUUCGAAUAUGUUCGCAUGCUUGCAGCGCAGAAUAAUCUAUCACUUCCACAGUCUGCCAAUGCAACUAAUGUACAAGCUGUCUCUACAGCGGACGAACGAGUAGACUUGUUGUCACAAUCUACAGUGCCUCCUGUAUUGGAACGCUACCAGAGUGCCCGAGCUCCCUCACGUAUUCCGCAGCCAUUUGCAUCCACCCGCACACCAGUCCCGACUCUACAGAGAGAUGUCCAAACUUCUUCGCUAGGAGUUCCAACACUGUCACCUUACAGCAAUGGGGAAACCGUAUCCCAAGCAGCAUCAAGCCAACCAAUCCGUCUCGAUACUCGACUUGUCAACAACAAUCGACGAUUGUCAGCCGAACGGACAAUACCUCGGGCAACUCCCCAGGCACGGCGAGGGACAAGAAGAGGUGACAUAGCGAGUCGUCGUGCGUUAUUCCCCAGUCUCCCCACGGCAAACAUACCGAGAAUGAGCGACUGCCUUGAGAGUGCGGAUGAUGGGGGCACAUGCGUUCGUAUUACAGUAAAGGUCUACCCAUCGUGUAACGCAGGCUCUCAAUUCUGCCUUUUAUAUCACUUCCUUCGCGAAACAUUCAAUGCCAAACUAAGGCAGUUUGGGCUUGUAUACGAACUCCUUGUCCCGCAUGACAAACUCGUCACCGAAAUUAUAGAGACAGUCUCUUUGGCAAUGACUCGUCAACAUGGCUACACAUUCACUCACACGUCAGGGAUGUACCAACCGCAUGAAACGCUUCACCUGAAGUUGCUGAGGAUCCACGACCGUGCUUUGCUGAGAGGGGGUGCAGUAGCUCCAAUGCGGCUGAAAUGCUGUCCACUCGAUCCCAAUUGGAGUAUCUUCGACGUACUGAGUAUGAAGAGCAAAUUUGCAAUCCCGGAUGUUGCACUGGAAAAUGGCCGGUUCGUCCUGUUUACUGUUGCUGCAGCCGAGCCUCUGAAGUGCCAGCGUGAUGGUAUCACUCAUGACUGUAUAGCGGAUAGAUUUUUUCGAGGCCUCCUUGAGGACCAGCCAAGUGAAUCGCUUAGUGACGAAGUUCCAUGUACUUGCACAGAGAUCGACAGUAAUGCUGAGCUAGAUCUUCCGGCAAUAGACUCUGCUGCAGGAACCACGGAUAACUAUGUGCCAACUGCCCCUCCUAGUCCGAUACAGCCGUCGCAGCAAGCGCCUCGUGCAUUACGACGCAAUCCAACACAGCUGAUAUGGACACAGCGCACAAACGUUACACGACAGGCACAUCGCUUAACUAAUAAUGUCUCGUUUGCGUCUCCAGAGAAUGCAUUGCCCACUGCUUUAUGGAGUCAACCAUGGUCUCCUGCUGCAGACCCUGACGGGUGGACGCUUCAACUUGACAAUUUUGCAACACAAGUUUUUGAGCUGGCCUAUACGCAUGCACAGUCAGAGGAACCUCUUGUGGAGGAAGAGCUACUAAUUCAGGGCCAUAAUAUGACGGAGCUGGCAGAGCAGUUGCUUAUGCUGAUUGAGCGAUGUGCUGAACGUGGUAAUUACUAUGAAGUCCUUGCUCCGGCAAGGACAAUUUCAAUUGUUCGCCUGGAUGGAUCAACAGUGACCCUUGGCCGUGGACUUGAGCUGGAGACAUUAUUCUUAGCUAUGCGCACAUACGUUGCUCGUGAGGCAGUAUGGUUUGAACGCUUGGCCGGGGACUACAGUUCAUUGAAGCUGUUCACAACGGAGAGUACUGCUGCGCACGUUUCCGCGGAGAGAAUCAAGAAACUACGUGUAUUGGGUGCUCUAACGUCUCUUAUGGUUAUACAUAAGAUUGCACCCGAUCCUAUAGGGCCGGCCGUACUCCAAAUUGCUUACAAUCUUCGGGACUUCCGUUCUCUGCACAGUAAAUUUGUCAAGACAUGGUAUCCGGAGAUUCACGCUGAUUUGCAAGAAUGGAACACUAUUGGUGCAUCAGGAGAUCCAAGGUGUUGCGAGCGCAUUUUCACUUCAUAUAUGCAAUCACAGGCUGCUACAUAUGAAGGGAGAACGCAAGAAGAGCAUGAUUUGCUUGCAUGUGAUAUGUUGUUUCGGUCAGUUCUUGGGCCGCGUGAUAUUCGACACCCAGAGUGGGCUGCAUACCUUGAAGGAGCAUCCUUGGAGUCGUACGGCCUUGACUUUGGCAAGGUUGUGCGAGCAGUGGAUGGUGGGUCUGAUGCUCUAAUAUCGAUGUGUUUCGCUUCUCGAUCUGUAACCCCCGAAAAUGUGAUGAAAGCAGUAGAAAUCGAAGUCGACUCGUCUGACCAUGCUGCAGACUUGGAUACUGUGGCUAGAAACCGGGGCUUCUCCUCUGCAAUAGCAUUCCUCCGUGACCUACUUUUUAGGUUUCUUAGUGGAGUAGGUAUACCCUGUGCAGACGCUUUCCACAGUGUAUCCUGGAGUUUUGGACAGGCUCUCCCAAUAGAUGAAACAGACUUUAAUGCAAAAGACACUCGCAGUACACUUUUCACUAGAGCCUUGACAGGUAUUCCUUGUAUGCCACCAACAAAAGAACAGAUAGAAGUGUCUUUCGUAAAUAAUGAAGACCGAGCAUACUGGACACAUCGCGAUAAUCUCCACAACGGUCGCAUGUCAGGUACACGAAAUGGACCAACGUCCGAGACUGUUGCAGCCGUGUUUGCUGCUCAAGGCCGAAUCAGGUUCCAGACGUGUACAAAAUCUGCCGUCAUACCUUUGUCGUACCUCAUUAGACUGUUAAAGCAGGAGACUCCAGCCUGGGCAAAUGCAGAUCCUGACAGUACAGAGCGACGUGGUACUCAACUGCCAUUUAACUAA